AUGAUAUAUAUCGUUCAUUCAGUUUUGGGCAUGAAGAAGCUCUGCGCGCGAUGGGUGCCGCGUUUGCUCACAGUGGACCGAAAACGAAUUCUUGCACAAGCAAAAUUGCAUGAAAUCGGCUUCGAAUUGGUUCCUCAGCCACCGUAUUCACCAGACCUGGCCCCCAGCGACUAUUACUUGUUCCCUAACCUAAAGAGAUGGGUCACUGGUAAGCGUUUUUACUCAAAUGAGGAGCUCAUAGCUGAAACUGAGGCGUAUUUUGGAGACCUUCCGAUCGAGUACUUUUCGGACGGUAUCAAAAAGUUAGAAAAUCGUUGGACUCGCUGUAUCGACCUAAAAGGAGAGUAUAAAAGGGGAAGGGUGAGGAAGGAGGAGGCAUUGCACAUGGGUGGCCAAAUGUAUAGCGCCCGUCCUGGAUCAUUUAUAGAGUGUCAAGGUUAUUUCCUGUUCUCUUCUACAAAUAAUAAUAAUAAUCCAACUUCUAUUAUUCUUAUUGGAUAA